GACAGACGUUCCAGAUAUUUCCUUCACAUACAUUUUAAGCACCAUCAAGUCACAGAGAACUCAAUCGUAUAUCAUAAACGAAAGUCUAAAAAUUCUACAAUUUUGGUUUUCAGUUUGUUUCGUUUCGGCCAUAAAUAGAAAAAUCCGGGAGAAUGGAGGAGUAUUCUCGGGAACCGUGUCCCUUUCGCAUUGUCGACGAUUGCGGAGGAGCCUUUGCCAUGGGCUGCAUUGGAGGCGGGGUCUUCCAGGGACUCAAGGGAUUCCGGAAUGCACCGCAGGGCAUGGGUCGAAGGUUCGCCGGAAGUGUGGCGGCCAUGAAGGCCAGAGCUCCGGUAAUUGGCGGGAGUUUCGCUGCCUGGGGAGCCGUAUUCAGUAUUGUGGAUUGCAGUUUAGUUAAGCUGCGAGAGAAGGAGGAUCCCUGGAACUCGAUUGUGAGUGGAGCUGUGACCGGAGGAAUUCUGGCCUCCCGCAACGGAGUGGCCGCCAUGGCAGGAAGUGCCAUCAUCGGAGGCGUCCUGCUCUCCAUGAUCGAGGGCAUUGGCAUCCUGUUCACCCGCAUCUCAGCGGAUCAGUUCCGGAAUCCUGUACCACCAAACGUUUCUGAAGCUUCCCAGGGAUUCGGCGACUUAAACUCUUCAUCUGGUUAUGGAUUCCAAGGCGAUCAGCAGGUUAAUGUCACUAGCUAAACGCAACUCAUUUGUUUCUGGCUAAAGGAUCAUCAAGCCUCUUGUAUGGAUUUUUUAUUUUUAAAAUGCAGCCAAAAUGUAUGGCAAAAAAAUAUGUUUAGCAUUAACUUACAGCUUAAUUCCAGCCUGAGCAAGCAAUAUAAAAAAAUAUUUAAGAAAUAGUAAAUAAAUUAACAUCAAAAUUCCAGUUAUGUUUGGAAAAACCCUCAAAA